AUUGUGGUUAUUUCUCAAUCUGCAUUCCCGCCCUGUUGGAAAGGAAGUAGCUAGAUGCUUUCAGUUUCAGUAGCUCUGCAUUAUAGGAGAGAAACGCCAUGGCUGACAAGAUCCUGAGGGCAAAGAGGAAGCAAUUUAUCAACUCAGUGAGUGUAGGGACAAUAAAUGGAUUGCUGGAUGAACUUUUAGAGAAGAGAGUCCUGAGCCAGGAAGAGAUGGAUAAAAUUAAACUUGAAAAUAUCACUGUUAUGGACAAGGCACGAGACCUGUGCGAUCAUGUCACUAAAAAAGGACCCCGGGCAAGCCAGAUGUUUAUCACUUACAUUUGUAAUGAAGACUGCUACCUGGCAGGAAUUCUGGAGCUUCAGUCAGGUCCAUCAGCUGAAACUGUUGUUGUUACAGAAGAUUCUAAGGGAGGACAUCCUUUCUCCUCAGAAACAAAAGAAAAACUGAACAAAGAAGGUGGCGCAUUUCCUGGACCGAGUGGUUCCCUCAAGUUUUGCCCUUUAGAAAUAGCCCAGAAAUUAUGGAAAGAAAAUCAUUCAGAGAUUUAUCCAAUAAUGAAAACACCCACUCGUACACGUCUUGCCCUCAUUAUCUGCAACACAGACUUUCAACAUCUUUCUCGGAGAGUUGGAGCUGAUGUUGACCUCAGAGAAAUGAAGUUGCUGCUGCAGGAUCUGGGGUAUACUGUGAAAGUCAAAGAAAAUCUCACAGCUCUGGAGAUGACAAAAGAAUUGAAAGAAUUUGCUGCCUGCCCAGAGCACAAGACUUCUGACAGUACCUUCCUUGUAUUCAUGUCUCAUGGUCUCCAGGAGGGAAUAUGUGGGGUCACAUACUCUAAUGAAGUUGCAGAUAUUUUAAAGGUUGACACAAUCUUUCAAAUGAUGAACACAUUGAAGUGCCCAAGCUUGAAAGACAAGCCCAAGGUUAUCAUUAUUCAGGCAUGCCGUGGAGAGAAACAAGGAGUGGUGUUGUUAAAAGAUUCAGUAGGAAACUCCGAAGAGGGAUUCUUAACAGAUGCAAUUUUUGAAGAUGAUGGCAUUAAGAAGGCCCAUAUAGAGAAAGAUUUUAUUGCUUUCUGCUCUUCAACACCAGAUAAUGUGUCCUGGAGACAUCCUGUCCGGGGAUCUCUCUUCAUUGAGUCACUCAUCAAACACAUGAAAGAAUAUGCCUGGUCUUGUGACUUGGAGGACAUUUUCAGAAAGGUUCGAUUUUCUUUCGAACAACCAGACUCUAGACUACAGAUGCCAACCACUGAAAGGGUGACCCUGACAAAACGUUUCUACCUCUUCCCAGGACAUUAAAGAAUCCAAGACUUCAUUCUUAUGUACCUGUGUUGGGAAUCAUGCCAAUAAGAAGCCAAUAAUCCCCAAAAUGAUACAAUAAAUUUCAAAACAAAACAAAAA